AUGGCCUCAAAUCUCCCUCUGCCGAUACCUCCCCGUACCCCGACUCCGCCACCAGAUGAGGCUCAUGAUCACCAUGCAUCGUUAAUCAAUACAGCAGUCCCGAUGGAUCGCGACGCGUUAUCGCCGCUUCGAGAGUCAUUUCCCCGGACAAUGCCUCUAGAUGCAGGUACAUCGGAUCGCUGGAGCCCAACUAAAUCAGCUUUUACCCUCAGCCCAGGGCGGGCAGACAAUAGUACCUCAGCCGACAAUGGACCUAGUGAGCCUUCAUCUGCAAGCCCGUUCAACUUCAACACAACUGUCAUGGCCAAGGGUCCAGUUGUGAAAUCGAACAUUGGACAGCGCCGGGGUCACAAGUACAAACACAGUAGUAUCUCGCAUCAAAUAUUCCUCGAACCUCCACCACGAGCACCCUUGGCUUUGCCAAACUCGCUGCCUAUCCCAACAUGGAAGGAGUGCCGUGCUAGCAUGUCAAGAGAGCAGAAAACACGGUUUUGGUGGAGUGUCUGCCAUAUGUUUGUCGCUGCAUACACCUUGUGGACCGCGCACGGGUCGCUCGCGAUGACUGCGCUUUCCCACUUGAUAUUGUUCGACUCAUUGGGUGCUCUGCUUUGCGUGGCUGUCGAUAUCCUUGGGAACUUUGAGGUGUGGAAGCGGUCCAGUAUUCGACAUCCAUUUGGACUCGCACGAACUGAAGUCCUUGCAGGAUUUGCCAUGUGUGUCCUCUUGCUGUUCAUGGGUAUGGAUUUGAUCUCCCACAACCUACAGCACUUUUUGGAAAAGUCAGGUCACGAACCACACCAUGACCACGACCAUGAACGGGCUUCUGUCGGGAGGGUGGACAUCACUGCUUUGCUGGCUAUAUCCUCCACGCUGGUCUCUGCAAUUGGGCUAAAGAACCAUGCGCGUAUUGGUAAAGCCAUGCGAUUCGGGUACAUCAAGUCCCUUCCGUCGGUACUGAGCAACCCGUCGCAUUUCCUUACCCUCUCAUGUUCAACACUCUUACUUCUGCUACCGUUGGUCUCGGUACGAAUCUAUGAUUGGCUUGAUAAGCUCCUCUCGGGCACGAUCGCAAUUUCGAUGUGCAUGCUUGGUGUUCGCCUGGUCAAGACUCUGGGGUCAAUGCUGCUCAUGUCUUAUUCAGGUCCAGGGGUUCCCGAGGUCAUUAAGGACAUCGAGGCGGACCCCGCUGUGUACGGAGUUGACGAUGCACGCUUCUGGCAAGUUCACUACGGACUCUGCAUGGCGAAUUUGAAAAUUCGGGUCGGUGGCUCAGAGGAAACCACUUCUCGUUUGAGAGAGAAAAUUUCCAGUUUGAUUCGAAACCGCCUCGGGGGCGGAUAUGGCACUGGCAGUCAGAAGUGGGAAGUGACCCUCCAAUUGACUAUAGAGAAAUCCUGA